ACUUCCGUUUCUCGAAAUUCAUAUUUGAUUUUCUUGUUUCCUUUUUCGAUACAUAAUAUGGAAGACACGCAACAAGUGCGGCAAGGCCGAAAAUUGGUGAAAAGAAGACCAGUGUCCAAAUCCCCCAGCCGAGAACGCAGCCAGUCUGGAAAUCGGUAUUCACAGCAAGAUACCCCAGCUACGACAGUCCCAGCUGUACCGCCCAUUGAUCCGUCAGUGACAAACAUGCCUUCCAACGAUACGACCUCGGCCGAUAAGGACAAGGACAAGAAGUCAAAAUGGCGUCUAUCGAAUCCUUUCCAUGCCAAAGACAAGCGUCGAAAAGACUCCGUGUCGGCAGGGGACUCGGCAUACUUCAGCAGUGAGAACGUAGAAAGCUCCACCAGUGGAAACCCAAGCGGAAACCCCAGCUAUACAAGCUCAGAAAGACGCAGUUCGAAUGUAGAUCAAUUACGCCAGCAGAACAACCAACCUCUACAAGAUACCGUCCCGCAGAACACCUUCACAGCACCCGCUACCAAUGUGACUCCUCCAACCCCACCCGCUCAGCUUACGCAACUUUCUCCACCCGCGAACAGUGUUCCUCAACCGCAGACUCCACGAAACCCAAGUCAAGAAAAUGUGCAACGGGAAACGCACCAAGACUCGAGUACGGGGAACAUUGUCACCACAACAACGACGACUACUACCACCACAACAACUACAACUGGUCCGGGUGGGUCCACGACAGUUGAACAACCAAACCCUUCUACUGCCAAUACCUCUCCACAGCCGAGUGUUACAGCAACAUCUGGUCCAGAUCCUCCCCCGCCUGCUCCCGUGCAGUCUGCUCCAAAUCCCAACCCAUCCAACCAACACUCAAACGCGAACAACCCUCCUUCGCCUCCCGUGCCAGCCAGGAACAACAUCCGCAAUAGAGUGGAACUGAGUGCAGUAUCCCCAGGCAUAGAACCACCAAACCCGAUGGCGACAGCGGUGAGCCCAACAAGCCCAGGGCGACCAAACUUCUCUUAUCCUGCACGAGCGCCGCCCACUGGCAUGCCUCGUCAGAUACCUGGGCAGCCGAUCCAGUCAAAUGUUCCUCAACCUCCCCAGCAGCAACCUGGAGCCCAUUUGCAACAAUACCAAGCCCAUCAUCAAGUCGGAUAUGGCGACCCAAACUACCCAUCUCCCAUUUCCCCAGCACAGCAAUCGCAGACCCCGACCCUGCAACAGAAAGGCUCUACCUUGGCGAACUUGAAGACUGCAUACGCGGGCAUCCACGGCGCUGGAGAAGCACUUCGCGGCACCUUGAACAGCACAGUCGACAAGCGUUUCGCGCCUGCAAAUCACCCCGUCCACGCAAAGAACCAAGCCGCCAUCGACGCAGGAUACUCGGAAGUCGAGACGGGGCAACUAUCGCACCAUCAGCGUCAGCCAGGGCAGCAGUCAGUGGCAGGACCGAGUACGACACGUCCGUCGAUGCCUGGAGCGUCCAAAACACCUGGUGCACCGGUCGAGGGCAAGAGCGGGAAUAAGAUGAGUGGGUUGUUGAAGAACCUGAAGGAAGGGCCGAUGGCUUCUAAUAAGGGCGCGAAAUAA